UCCCUCCCUCCUCUCUCUCACUGGCUUCAGCUCUGCCCUCACGUGCCUCAGCCCUACCCUGGUUUCUUGGUCGUGACGCAUCUUCUUAGUGAUAUGAGGAAAUUAGCUGCCCACCUACAAUAUAAGGGUGUAGGGGGAAAUGCUUUGAUCAGAAAGACAGAGGGAGCACAAAAGCAAGCAAGUCCAGCUGGCCUUCACUUGGUUCACCCACCCACUCCAACACCUGCUUGCCCGUGCCUCAUUUUUGCUGAUCUCUGAAAGCUUCGGACCCCACUGAGCGCAGACACAGUCUCACCUCUCCUGGAGGCCACCAUGAGGCCGGUGCCCCCGGUGCUAUUCCUCACUCUGCUGGCUUUCAAUGCCCUCCAUCUCACUACAGCAGGCAACAUCCUACCGGGAGCAGCAGAGGUAGAGAAGAGAGUGCAGAAGGUGUGGGCCAGAGAGGGGAGUUCAGCUCUGCUGCCCUGCUACUUGAGCCCCAGGAAGCAUGGGAAGAGUGGGAAACAGCUGUCUGACAAGACAUCCGUGCUCUGGAAGCGGCACGGGGCAAGUGCCCCCCAGGAGCUGCAUGUGGUGCUGGAGGUGGAGUACACAGGCCUGCGGAAGAUGGCUCUGCCCAUGAGGCCGCGGGUGUCAGUCCUGGACUCUGCCUUACGCAAUGGCAAUUUCUCCCUGCGUAUCAACCCAGUCAGGAGUGACGAUGCGGGCCUGUAUGAGGCACAGGUGACCUACAACACUGAGGUCCGGAGCUGCCAGGUGGAGCUGGGGGUAGUUACAGUAACCCUCAGUCCACCCAGACCUGUGGUAGAAAAUGAGCCACUUUUGCUGAGCUGCAACUCUAGUCACCAGGCCAGUUUGGUGGAGACAUGCUGGUUCCACAAUGGGCACCCAGUCCUCACCUCUGGGGCCUUCUGCUCCUUGCAUGGGGCUCUCUGCAUCCUCCGGCCCACCGUGAGUGACUCAGGAUCCUGGCACUGCCAGCUCAGAUACGCCGAUAAUGAGAUUGUUUCUGCCACACAUGACCUGCAAAUUCUAGGUUUCGACGGCCCAACCAAUCCUGUGGUCUAUGCUGCAGCUGGCUCUGCAGCUGACCUGCCAUGCAGCCUGAACUACCUGCCCAGUACCUUUGGGAUCCAUGUGGUGAAAGCCCACUGGAGCCACUUUGCAGGAGGACACUUGCAGAACUGGAGCAUCUUGCAGAACCAGAGCAGCAGAAGCUUCCCCCUUCAUCUCCCUGUGGUGGGGCGAGGUGAUGCAGGGCGGUAUCACUGUGCUGUCACUGUUGGCAACAAGGUGCUCAGCAGGGACAUGACCUUGGCAGUAAUAACAGUCACCUCAAGCAUCCAAGGACCAGUUUCCGAGGGAUCUCAUUUGCUGCUCAUCUGCAGCCUUACACACCCCCAGGGACAUGAACAUUUCCAGUGGAAGCACCUCAGUUCUGCCCCUGCUGACAAAAAGCUGACUGUGGCCACCUCCCACAACCUGAAGGACCGCAGAGUCCAGACUGGCCCUAACUUGGAAAUACCCCAAGUGUCACAAAAGGAUGUGGGCAUCUGGGAAUGCAGUGUAUAUGGCCCAGAAGGCAGACUAGGAGCAGUGGAGUAUGGACUGCAGAUCACAGGUGCCCAGGUCUCCAGCCCUCCCACCAUCUUCAGUGGUCAGGUUACUUUUGGGCUCAUGCUCACCCUCUUCUUCCUGCUUAUGGUCUGUGUUCUGGCUCUGGGGCUGCAAAAAAGGGUGCGUCUUCCAGCUUCCUUCCCAGCACUGGAACGGAUGGUUGCAAUCACUGUGCCAAAGGAAAUGGAAGAGAACCAGAAAGAGACAACCCAGCAGACUGAGUGUUGACUGGAGCAGGGGCACCAGGCCUGGUCUGCAUGGGAGGAUGAAGCUCUGUGUGCUGUGCUGAAAAGAGAUGGGCACAUGCAGAACUCUGAGGAGGGUCUAGGGAUGGCACAAGCAUUUCAGGAGGCCAUGGGAGCUCUGCACCUGCAGAAGGGCUGGGAAUUGUACACCAAGACAAGAUGAAAGCCACCACUGCAAUAAGGGGGCAGGCAGCACAAAUGCUUUGGAGCUGUUGGAAGUAUUUGAGCCAGCAGCCAUCGCCUGCUUCAGUUUCACUUCUCUCUCCCAGCCCUCGCCCCUCCUUCAUGCCCUCUCCACCAGCCUUUCUCUGCUGGGCACCCAAAUGCAGGAGGCAGCUGGAGCCCAGCUCCCCAGAAGCCAGUUGGUGUUUCCUCCCCAUGCCCAGUUUCUUCUCCCACUCCCUGCACUGCCCUGCUCCUGCGCUCAUUCAGUGGCAGAAGGACUGCACAUAUUACACAUUUUAAGCAUUUUAUUUUAUUAGAAAAUCAUUCGAGAAUGUAAAAUAAAUGUCCAUCAAAAAGCUCUGGUCCCUUUGUAUGUUUGCAGAGGAUGCCUCCUGAUGGUGCUGGGCGUAUCUCAGUCUGCGUGAAGCAGCUUCUAAGGACUUUGCUGCCUUUUCUUUCUCUUUCAGUUUGGCUUUGCUGAAGUUGACUGUUAAUUUCUGACAUUUUGAUGGUGGGAAAGGGGAAAUUAAACACCACUAGAGAAGAAAGAAUUGUAGAUUCAGCCUCUCAUUUUUGCUGUGAUUCAGUGUCUUUUGGUAUUGUUUUUUUAUUCCUGUCUGGCUCUUCCUGUUUGUUGAUUUAUUUAUUUCUUCUCUUAGUUCUCAGAUUUUCCUGAUAGAUCUCUCAUUGAUGCUAGGACUCUCUGACACUCUCCUCAGGCUCAGGACGUACUUACUAAAUGUAGGAGUGAGUCCACCGAGUCCCAUUUCCCAUGAUCCUUAGUAUGUUUAGUUUUAGCCUGAUUAGAGAAUUUUUCUCACCUCAAGCGCCCCACACAAUUUGCUCUCUCUUCUCAUCUGUAGCAGGAUGCUUUCUCACCCUGUAGCUGACACUGCCUCUUACUAGCCUGGAUAUUCUCAUUGCUCAGACGUGUGCCUGGACCCUCUUUAAAUCUCACUGUUUUCCUGUACUCU